CCAUUUGAUGCAUUAUGGAUGUGUCUGUUUUCCAAAUUGGGAGAACUGUGCGUCGAUUCUCGGCCAGCAGUGAGAAAAAGUGCCGGGCAGACGCUUUUCUCCACCAUCUCAGCUCAUGGUAGUCUGCUUCAAAAAUCAACAUGGUCUAAAGUUCUUUGGCAGGUGCUGUUUCCCUUACUGGAGAAUGUUCAAUCGUUAUCUAGCAGUGCCUCCUCCACUAAAGAUGAACAGACAACUGGUAAUAUUCUGAUACACCAUUCUCGAGACACAGCUGAGAAACAAUGGGCAGAAACAAGAGUUCUCUCCCUUGCUGGUGUAGCUCGUACCUUCAAUUCUAAACGCAAAAUACUACAGCAAAUAGGUGACUUUCCCAGAGCGUGGUCAUUAUUAUUAGAACAUAUAGAAAACUCAGCAUUAUGCCUCAGUGCCGAAGUCUCUCUCGCUGCUCUGAAAAGUUUUCAAGAAAUUUUACAAAUCAGUCGAGAAUCAAAAUCAGACGAUCCUAAGAUUUAUCUGGAAGCACCAUCUGGUGAAGAGAUCAACAGAACAGGGGAGACAAUCAAAUCAGCUACAACAAAACCUACACCAAAACAGGAAGUCUCAGAUGUGGAUAUUGCAUUAUGGUCUAUGGCUUGGAAAGUGUGGUUAAAUAUAGGAACAAAUGCGACGAAGCCACCAAAUGAUUCGAACAAAGUCUACGUACCAUCUCAGAACUUUUUAACCGCCCUUAUUCAAACUUUUCCCUCGUUGUUCCAACACAUAAAGCCACGUUUUGUGGCAGCAGAUCUUACAAAAUUAUCCAAUGUGUUAUUUAGUUCACUGUCUGUACCAGUCCAUGGUGAUGCCUCCCCCUUCAUUAUACCUACGUUCCCUGAAGUUACUAUAACACCCCUACAAGAUGCUACCCUACAAGCUAUGGAGGUCCUUAUUCAGGCUCUGAGAGAAGGUGAAGAAUCUAUGAAUUUGAUGUAUCCCCAUAUAUUUGAUCAAUUAUUAACCUAUAGUAAAUUUGGUGUCCAGGCUCCCAAAUAUGGUCACCUAGAAACCAAAGUAUUUGGUACUGUUAAAGGUCCACAGGUUGAUUGGGUAACGAUGAAUUUCGUCCCGUUUAGUGAGAGAACUAUUGAGAUGGUAGUUGAUCUGUAUUCAACCUCAGCCAAUCAUAGCUCUGUUAUUAAAGCACAUGUCUUACAGAAUAUCAUUAAGACUUUCCGUAUACCAUUGAGUUUGAAGUAUAGUUGUCCGUCACCAUCAACAUGGAAGCUGGUGAUCAAUUCCCUGUUUACAGUAUUAGAUAUUGGUUUACCUGUUGCUAGGAAACACGAAUCAUCUGGAAUGUGGAGUGAACUGUCUCUAACUUUUGAAGAAUUUCUCUUCACAAAACAUCCAUCACCACCAACAUUAACUGUAGAAGAAUUUCAACGUGAUGAAGCCAUUGAUUGUAAGGUUGUCUGUGUAAUCAGAGAUGAUAUCUUACCAUACGCUGGCAACUUGCCAAAAGAUUUCAUCGUCAAGAUCAUGGAGAUUUUAAAUAAAGGUUCGAUACAUUCGGCAACCUCAGACACAUUUAUAGUAUUUUCUGCCCCCUCGUAUCAUAGUAUAGAUACUGAAUCCAGUCGUAAAUUACGUGAAGAGUUUGCUAAAACCUGUUUUGAGACGCUACUUCAAUUCUCGUUUAUAAAUCAAGAUAAAGAGGGGGAGGGGGCAAUAACUAAAAUAGCUGUAUUAUCAUUAUUACAACGCUGUCAAGAUGUCGUCAAGAAAUAUGUCGAUGAUGAAAGAUUGAGUGGAAAAUGUCCUCUUCCAAGACCCAGAAUGGCUGAAAUGUCUUCAGUUUUAAAAGCAAUUUCAACUUUACUUGGUUCACUAAAAAGGGCACCCAAAAAUAAUGUGGAGGCUGGUGUAUGGAAGCAAGUGAUAAACUUAUAUCCAUAUUUAGUAGAGUGUACGACCACAUCAAGUCCUCAUGUUUGUAAGGCCUUAAAAGAUGCCCUUCAUGAAUAUAAAGACUUGUUAUCUGCCCCUGGCAGUGGAAUACCCAAUGGAAAAUGAAUGUGUGAUCUGGAAUAAAAUGUUUAUCACCUGACUGAGAGUUUUAAUAAAAAUAAUAAACUUUUAUCAUACAGGUUAUAUUAUAUUAUCUUUCUGAACACAAUUAGGCAUGUUAAAUUUGAAAUGAUGUAAACAGUUCUCAUUGUAUUCAAAUGAAGAGAAAUUUGCUUGUUGUACUCAACAAAUUCCUGGUCAAACUUGUAUCUCUGUAUUUAAAAAUAUUAUUGUAUAUACAAAAACAUGGCAUGUAGAUUUUCUAUGUAAUAUAAAGUUGAAUUUGUUUGUGGGAUAAAUUUUAAAAUCUAUUAAAUUAAAGUCAGAUAUAUACUCAUAA